AUGGCAUCCCCUGAAGUUCAUCAUCUCUUCCACAACCCCAUCGCCGACCAUUCCUUCUCGGCCGACCGCAGCGUCUUAGCUGUCGCCAGAGAUACUGCUGUUGAGCUGUAUGCGAAGAGUGGCAAUGCUUUCAAGCUGCAGGAUGAAUUGAAGGGUCAUGAUAAGAUUGUCACCGGCGUUGAUGUGUCCCCCAGCGGCCGCAUUGUGACCUGCUCGCAAGAUCGCAACGCAAUUGUUUGGGAACCCUCGCCGACCGGUUACAAGCCUACCCUUGUCCUUCUACGAAUUAGCCGUGCGGCUACCUUUGUCCGAUGGUCACCAUCCGAGGCUAAAUUUGCGGUUGGAUCGGGCGAUCGCGUCAUUGCAGUCUGCUACUUCGAGGAAGAAAACGACUGGUGGGUGUCUAAGCACUUGAAGAAGCCCAUUCGAAGCACUAUUACAAGUGUCGCUUGGCACCCGAACUCUGUGCUUCUGGCGGCCGGUUCUACAGAUGCACAUGCCCGAGUCUUUUCUGGCUUCAUCAAGGGCGUUGAUGAAAAGCCUGAGGCUAGCGUUUGGGGCGAGCGCUUGCCUUUCAACACCGUCUGCGGAGAAUUCUUGAACAACUCCGCUGGUUGGGUUCACUCUGUUGCCUUCUCUCCCAGCGGCAACAGUCUGGCCUUUGCUGCUCAUGACAGCAGCAUCACCGUUGUUUACCCCACGGCCCCAGAUCAACCUCCCCGUGCCGUCAUCUCUAUUUCCACCCAGCUUCUUCCUUUCAAGAGCUUGAUUUGGAAGUCUGAGGACGAAAUUAUUGCUGCAGGCUAUGACUGUGAGGCUUUCCGCUUCAGCGGUGGCGAGGGCGGAUGGCAGCUGACUGGCCCUGUCCAAGCUAAGAGCCAGGGCGGCGGCGGUGCACAGCGCGAAGAGUCUGCGUUGAACAUGUUCCGCCAAAUGGAUCUUAAGGGCAAGGUAAAGGACGACACUCAGCUCCAGACGAUUCAUCAGAACACCAUUUCUACCAUUCGACAAUACGCAGGCUCUGGUAGCAACGUUACCCAGUUCAGCUCCAGCGGUGUCGAUGGCCGAGUUGUUAUUUGGAAUGCUUAG